AUGGCCGACCCCGUCAGCCUGACCCCCGAGGUCGAGUUCUCGCGUGCACCGACCGAUGCCUCGUCAAACAGCGCGUCUCUGAGCGACACUCCUCCCACCACAGUUGCCGACAGCGUCUCUCUCGCCUCGGACCACUCAAAGUCGGAGCAGACUCCUCUGCUCGAGCUCGACCACGCGGUACACGUUGCACACCAACAAGAACACGGUGCCGAGCCGGCGGACGCCCCCACCCACCACGAGGACGAGCCUCGCCAAGAAGCCCUCUACGACCACGACGAUGACGCCGCUGAAGCUACAGAGGGACCGUCCGCGACGCGACCUCGCCGUGCUCGCGCCAGCCUGCCCGUCUACAACCUCUCCAAGCUCGCCGGCACCGAUGUGCACGGCAAGCGCCGCUCCAAGGGCGACGUCGUGUCCGACCGCCGGCGGCGCACCAUCUCGGGCGACACGCUCGUGAACCAGGCCCCGGCGGGCGGCGAGGCGCGCGACUCGGUCGAGAGCUCGAUCGAGGCCACCGGCUCCGGCAGCCCCGCCCGCAAGAAGAACAAGGAGGACAACCUCGUCGAGGACAGCAUAAACGCGCUCGACAUGGACUGGUCCGUCCGCCGCCUCAACACGCCGCGCGGCUCCAGGUCGCCGCGCAAGAAGGGCCAGUCGGCCUCGGCCUCGGCCUCGCCCGCGGCCCGCCACAUCGCCACGCGGCGCUCCGGCGCGUCGGCCGAGACGCUCGCCACCAAGCUGUCCUCGCUCGGCAAGCGCGGCCGCAAGACGUUCGAGAAGGGCAUCACGCGCAUGUCGAGGGAGCUGCGGCGCCUGCAGGACACCAACGAGUUUGCGCACAUCGACACCAAGCCCGUCCGCCACACCGUCUGGAGCAAUGGCAAGUUCGUCGACCCCGACGCGCCUGCCGAGGAGGAGCCGCCCCGCAAGAGGGUCAAGACGGAAGAAGAGCCCGCGUCCGUGGAGGCGGCGCCCGCUAAGACGACCCUUCCCGGUCAGCGCCGCGCCAAGACGUGGCUCAACAAGGGCCUGUACGCCGGCCAGGACCUGCCGGCCGACAUGACCAAGUCUCUGACGAUGGCCGAGAAGAAGGCGAUCGCGCAGAUCCCGGAGCUGGCCAAGCCCGCGCCUCCCAACAAGUCGCUGCCUUUCCCCGUCUACAAUGGCAUGCGCACCCUGAUCACGGGCCGGGACUUUAAGCUUCCAUACGACGUGUGCAACCCGCUGCCACCAGGACAGCCCAAGCCGGAUGAGUGGAGGAAGAUGACGAGAAACCGCUUCAUCGGCGACGCGAAGCAGAUUUGGAUCCAGAACUCGGAUUUUAAGGAAUACCAGUCCAAGUGCGUCUGCAAGCCCGAGGACGGCUGCGCCGAGACGUGCCAGAACCGCUCCAUGCUGUACGAGUGCGACGAGCACAACUGCAACAUUGGCCGCGAGUUCUGCACCAACCGGCAGUUCAAGGACCUCCAGGAGAGGACCAAGAAGGGCGGCCGGUACCGCGUCGGCGUCGAGGUCCUCAAGACCGAGGACAGGGGCUUUGGCAUCCGCGCCAACAGGUGCUUCGAGCCGUACCAGAUCAUCAUGGAGUACACGGGUGAGAUCAUCACCAACGAGGAGUGCGAAAACCGCAUGAACGAGAUUUACAAGGACAACAAGUGUUACUACCUGAUGUCCUUUGACCAGAACAUGAUCAUCGACGCGACGACCGGUAGCAUCGCCCGUUUCGUCAACCAUUCGUGCUCGCCAAACUGCCAUAUGAUUAAGUGGAUCGUAUCAGGGCAGCCGCGCAUGGCCCUCUUUGCGGGAUCCCGCCCCAUCAUGACGGGCGACGAGCUGACGUACGACUACAAGUUCGACCCCUUCUCGGCCAAGAGCGUGCAGAAGUGCCUCUGCGGCAGCCCCAACUGCCGCGGCGUCCUGGGCCCGAAACCCAAGGAGGACCUGUCCAAGAAGAAGGAGGUGGCGACGGUCAAGAAGGAAGGCGUCAAGACGGCGGUCAAGGCCACGGUCAGGGCCGGCAAGCGCAAGCUCAAGGAGCUGCUCGACGGGCCGAGCGACGACGAGGACGAGAAGAAGGCGGCCAAGAAGCGCAAGACAGCAGCAGCAGCCAGCGCCAAGGCGGCGGCGGCGGCGGCGGCGGCGAGCGGCGGCGGCAUCAAGCGCUCGCUGUCGUCGGCGAGCCUCAAGGCGGCGAAAGGCGCGGCCAAGGGCGCGGCCACGGUCAUCCGGCGCAGCGUGAGCACCAUCUCGGUCAACGCCCGGGCGCGGCUGUCGAGCGGCGGCGGCGCGGGCAGCCUCAAGAAGAAGAAGGCCGCGCCGAGCCCGCGCACCGUCAAGGGCGCGCCCGGGAAGAAGAUCACGGCGACGGCGACGGCGACGAAGACGACGAUCCGCAAGUCGAGCUCGACGAGCGUGCUCAAGACGUACGGCAAGCAGGGCAAGAAGAUCGUCGGAAGCCCGGCCUCGAGCAGGAAAGUGGCGGCGCGCCGGUCGGUCGAGGUCUCGGCGUCGCGCAACUCGAGCCUGACGAUCGUGGCUAGCAACAGCAGCAGCAGCAGCGACGGCUGUAAUAAGAAACAGCAGCACCCGCACCCGCUGGCCAAGAGCAAGAGCGCGACGGAUCUCGGCCGCGGUGCGUCUUCUUCGGCGGCGUCGACGCCCGUGUCGACCAAGUCGGGCCGGGUGGUCAAGCGCAGGAGCUUUGACGACGAGGACGACGAGGACGGGUCGCGAGCGGCGACGCCGACGCCUGGGAGCGGGAGCGGGAGCAGCAGUAGGCCUCGGGCUGGGAUCGAGAUUGCGCGCGUGGAGGCGCAGAUUCGGGUCGUGCAGGCGGAUGAGUGA